AUGGGGUUUCUUUUAUUGAUUGGGGCUGAGAUUUUUCCCAGGCCUGUCUGUUGUCAGAGUUGCUAGAACAGGAGUUCUCCUCCUCACCUGCACCAAAGAGAUGCCUAUUGUUCCACAUGCACGAGGCAGCCACUGACAUCACAGGGCAUAUUCCAGCAUCUUUGCAGGUAUGAUCCAUGGGUCUCUAACUGCAGCAGUCCCCCAGGGACUGUGCAAAAGCCCCCCCUUACCACCCCCUGCGGGCAGCUCUUUGAAGGAGAACCAAGAUGAAACAGUCUGGCAGCAGCUUUCCUAUAUAACCCUCCUGACAAAAUGUCGAGAAUGACAUCCAGCAUUUCCCCGGCAUCAGAUGGACUCAUUCCAGCCUUUGCUAGGAGCUUUUCCCUUCAUUUUCAGAGUUUUUUUCCUCAGUGGCAUUUUCUCACAGAAUGCCUAAGAGAAGGGCCUGUUGAAUCAAUCUCCAAGUUAAACCUGCUUGGCCUGGAGAAAGUGAGUUUUCAUUACUUUUAAGCAUGUGCAUCAGCGUGAGAAACACUCCCCAAAAAACAAUGGCUCAGACCUUUGACCCAUUCCUGUCACUCAACCAAAGAUGCCCCCUUAACGCUUCUGGUGUUCCUGCUGAUGAAAACAAUUUCAAUUUUCUUCUCAAUUUGUUAAUGUAACUAAGUAAGCAGGUUGUAUUUGUAUUUAGUAAUAAAGAAUAGUGUUACCUGUACCCAGUUGAAAACCAGAAGGCAAAGCACUAUUGCUGACAUGCAGUGUCUUACCUCUAAAAUUUUGCCCUCUAUUCACACUCCUUCUGGAGAUUUGUAAAUGUUGUCCUUGGUUGUACUGUAUUUACCACUUGCUGUUUUCUGUGUUCCCAAAAGUCGCACAAGUCAAAUUGAUCUCCUCCCCACCUAUGCUCCUGGGCAAUCAGGAAUCAUGAGUAUAUCCUACCUUUUAACGAAGUAUUCAAGACAGCUUAUAACAAAACAGUAAUAUAACCGUCAUAAACCAAAAAAGCAGCAGCGGUUUACUCCUGGCUCAUCCUCUUGGGACGUCUGAAGGGGCCACUGCAGCCUUGAAUGCCGUAACAGGCAUCAUCUGAUGAGCAUGGGGGUCGGGGGGGAAACCUCCCCUAUUUGAAUGGGUUGUCAGGCACACUUCUACGUCAACAAAGGCUCUUGAGGGACUGGGUGUUGGAUGUUGAUCCCAAGCCACUCCCUUUUCUCUCCAGAAAAGCUGGAUUCAUCACUCUGGCAUCAGGAAGCUGCUUCCUCUGGAAUCAGAUGGUUCAUCUAUUUAAUUACCUCCUUGGGUAGAAUUGCCAACGUUUCCUGUCCAACCUGACUGACUGAGGCGACAUGCAACUGCUAUGAUAAAGUCCCCAUCCUGUUCCCCUCUUGUACAGCCUUGGCUCCUGAUCUUUCUGGGCUCCCCCAUCCUGUCCCUCUGAGUAUGCUCAGGAAAAGGGGCCAAGACCCAUUCCCACUUCAGCUCCCUGACCACUCUCCGACAGCUGGCCCCUCACCACCCUCUGCACUGUAGCAGGCAGGCUGUAGGGCUUCUGGCAGGGCACGCCCAUCCCCUCUCUCAUCGCUAUUGGCUGCUGAUAGGCCGGCCCCUUGCUCCCCAACCAGAGCAUUUGAGAUCUCAACUGGCCCGUUCCUCCCCACGGAACUUUCCCUUGUCUGGGCUUCAACAUGGCCACCGUCAAUGAUCGGGCAGUUUUACAAACUAUUUUCCACCCAAAUGUUCCCUUUGAUGAAGACUUGGAAGAGGACCAGGAGAAGCAGCAAGCAACCCAAGAAGAGGGCUUUGAUCCUGAGCUGUUAAAGCAAGCCACGCGUCUGGAGGCCCAGGGAAUUGCAGCAGCUGAAGGAGGGGACCUGGAGCUGGCCCUGGAGAAGUUCAACCAAGCCAUCCAGCUGCUUCCAGAGCGAGCCUCGGCCUUCAACAACCGUGCACAAGCUUUUCGUCUUGGCGGAGAGGUUGCAAAGGCACUGGAAGACCUGGAGGCUGCACUGAAGUUCAGCAGAGGGGCUGGCCCGGUGGCCCGCCAGGGUUUUGUGCAGCGAGGGAUGAUCCAGCGGUUGCAAGGCCAGGAGGAGGCAGCUCGGAGGAGUUUUGAGCAGGCUGCCAGCCUGGGCAGCGCCUUUGCCCACCAACAGCUGGUGCUGAUGAACCCUUAUGCAGCCCUCUGUAACCAGAUGCUGUCCGAGGUGAUGAAGCAGCUUCACCCGAAGGGGCAGGAGAAGGGUUGCUGAGCCUGG